UUAGCAUUAAUUGUGUUUUGCAAAAUAUAUUGAGCCGCUGUCGAUGAAACAUCGUUGACGACAGUGCUGAGUCCUCGUUACCUUCCCCACUCGACUUCCCUUCCUCCUCUUUGCUUCAUGCUUCUUGGCCACCCUACAAACCAACUCCAACCUCUUUGGUUUAUCUACUCUUGUUACCCGUCAUUGUCUUGAAUUUUUUUUCCUGUUUCAAUUCAUAGAUUUAAUUUAUGAGCAUUUUCUCUAAUUGUUUCAUAUCAAGAUCGUUCACUGCUACCCAAAGGUCUUAGCUUUCCAAGAUUAUUACUGUGUUUGGCUUCGAUUUUGGGACUAUUUACAAGGAGAUCUUCUUUUUUGGCUGAAUACUCUACAUGGAGAUUAAAUUGAGAGAAAACCGUCUACUUUUUGUCAUUUCCGCUAAAUUUCAGAUGGCAGUGAGAAAAAAAUUUUGGCUAUAAGAAAUAAUCGCUUUUGGAUUGCAACGGUUGCAGAUAAAUCUUAGGUAUGUCUAGUCAUUAGCCGGAAAAUCUGCAAGCAUGGUUAGUAACUCAAGCAAGACCCAUUUCACGGCUGAUAUGAGCGCCCAUGAGGUGGCGCGUGAACUGGAUGUGGACUUAGAGUCCGGUGAUGCCAUCGUGGUCGUUGAACCUCAGCUCGUUUCUUCUGACUCAAUCAAAGAGAUCGUCAAAUGUCUAUAUGAAAUGCACCUGGAAAUGGCCAAUUUCAACCUCAAGUGUAAGGAAGAUAUAUGGAACAAUCAGGAAUUUUUCUUGUUCCUGAAGGAUUACUUUCAAAAUAGUCUCAGGGCAUCGAACUUCUGCACUGCCCUUGAGGACUGCCUGGAGCGCAGACGUGAUAAUUACAAGUCGAUAGUUCAGUCUGCAGUUAAGCAUUUUGAGGAAGAAGUGGAAGAUGGGGUUAAUGGGGUGAAGUAUAUGAAGACUUUGCAAGAAUUGAGUAAAUUCAAGGAUGCUGAGGACCCAUUUACUGACGAGUUUUUUCGACCUUUUCCAUCAUUUUAUGAGCAGCAUGAAUCGGUGUUGGACAAAUUGCAGCUUCGGAAAACAGAGCUAGACAAGAAAUUGGAACAUGAAAAGACACGGAGGAGUGUGUUCAUUUUCAUUUUAUGGGUUGUAUUUGUGUCGUCAGUUCUCAUGGUGGUGUUAGCUGCCAAUAAAAGUACACCGAAUUGGGGAAGGGCAUUGACGGCUGCAUUGACGGCUGCAUUGUCUAAUCCAAUGGGCAAUCUGGGAAUUGAAUGGUGCAACUCAUUUUUUAAGAGCCGUCAGAGUGCACUGGAAGGAAAAAGGGGAGUAAUCAGCUCAAUGCGAGAUGGCACUCGUACUACAAAGAAGGACUUGGGUAACAUUAAGGCACUUAUUGAUAAACUGCAAAUUGAGACUGUUUCAAUGCUAAAGACAGCUGAUUGCGCUCUUGGUGAAGAGGAGGCAGUGAAGGUUGUGAUAGAUGCGAUCCAGAAGGAGCUCGAAAUGUUUAUGAAUGCCGCUCAGAAUCUAAGGGAUAAUGCUUAUAGGUGUAGACGCGAUAGUGUGAGGUGGAGGAAGUUCGUUUUGCAGUCAAUGUUCAGAAGUGUGCGUGACUGAGAAAACCUUUGGCAUGUGGUCUGAGAUCGUAACACUUGUCAUGCUGGUGUUUGUCAUUGUGAGUUUCAUGAAAAAUGCUCAUUUGCCCGUUGGAUGAUCAAGUUUGGUAGAUCAUUCCUCGGGGUGUCAGUGUAAGUCGUAUAUUGAAAAUGUCUACUAAAUUUCUCUUAUAUUAAAUUAGCUAAACACAUUUUUUCUAAAAGAUGAGCUACAGUAACUUUAUCCUUAGAGUCAUAUAUAAAAGGAACUGUAGCAUUUUUAUUCUAAUAUUUUA